AUGAUUUAUUUACCAAGGAAGACAUAUUUUCAACUUCUUGUUCUAGGAAUAUCGUCGUUGAUCUUUUCUAUAUUGACAUUAUGCUUCUCGUCAUAUAUAUUUUCGAUUUCGAAAAAACCUCAACAAACAUCUUUACCAUUUAUCACAGGAAAACCAUUACCAUCUAAAUACUUGAUUGACGGCAGUGUUAUGAGUCCAGUCUUUGAUCAAGGUCCGCGCGGCACAUGUUAUUUAUUUCAAAUCAUUUCUAUUCUCGAGUCACAGUACAAAAAACAAGGAUUACGAAACGGCUACUUACAAGAGAACGAAUAUUUAAAGCUUUCAGUCGAAGGUCUUGCAUACAAAAUGGUACAACUGUGCCAACAAUACCCUAAUAGUCCUCCUUGCAUAAACAGUCCACGUUUAUUAAAUACAUCAGACGCAGGCAGUCUUUCUGAGUUCUUAGAUUUUGUCGAUUACUUUCCGGAAUUCAAGAAAUACGUUGUUCCCGCAAAUUGUUGUGUUUACCAACAAAAACCACAAAACGAAAUGAUUUGUCCAAACAUCGACAACUGCAUCAAGAACAACCCUAUCGAAUUCAACAUCCUUCGUCGUUAUUACACACAAAACAUCGAAGAUACAAAACAAUGGCUUUACCAACUUGGUCUUCCAUCCGGUUUCUCUAUUACUAUGCCACAACAGCGUUACAUCUUCCCAUGUAGUAAUCGACUAGUCAACAAUAGUUUGUCAUGUCUGAAUCGCGAUUUCCGAUGUCCAGACGAUCCAAGAGAAUUUUGUUCUAUCGAAGACUUCAAGCUUUUCAAAGCUAGUGAUGCUGAGUUUAUUUUCCAUAAGACAGGACGCACAGUUCCUGGCACAGGCCAUGCUAUGACAUUAGUUGGCUACAAUGAUAAUUUCAGUCCUAAGAUGACGUACAACUUCACCGGUCGAUCUCCACAGACAGGAGGUUUCAUCAUCAAGAACAGCUGGGGAUCACGUGGCCACACAUACGAAUAUUUACUUGACAUGAUGACAGAAGACCAAGACGCUAUGUAUUGUCCAGACAAAGACAACGUCAUGCGAUGGAUUCCUGCAUCAUACGAAUGCAUCAAACAAUACCGUGAUGGUGACAAAUGUUCAUUGGACACAAUUCUCACACGAGGCAAACGAAUUAUGAAAUCAUCAGAUACAUUGAAAUGUGUUAACAAAACACACUGUGAUGUUAAUUCUACAUAUUAUUUACUUCGUGAAUCAUCAAGUUCAUUGUCUCCUUCUAUUGUUUGGUCUAAAUACGGUGUUCCUCUUUCACGUGUUAUUCGAGUCAAAGGAAAUGACUCUCCUGUUAUCGAGACAAUCGAAACAUUACCUAUCCAACACUUGUACUACGCAUUUCAGUUGCGAGAUGACUUGAUUGAACCUCCAGUUGAAGGUAAAUGCGGCUAUGUUAUGUUCUUUUAUGACGACCUUUUGGACAUGAAGAAGAUGACACAAGGUCAAAGCCGUGGUUAUUUCAUUGUUCAAGGUGUUGAUGUUGAAUUUACAAAAACUAGUUUCAAAGGCAGUGGCUCACGACUUAACUAUACACUUGUUGAUCGUUCGAUUUCAACAUACAAAGAAAUCGAUUCUCGUGAUCCAUUAGAUUUUACUGAAUUGUUAUAA